AUGGCGCCCGGAUCACGUGGGCUAAGAAAUCAACAGGUUGCUAGGCAACGGUGCCGCCUCCUGCUGAACAGAAAUCAAGCCCCCAACAAACAGACCCCAAACAAAGCAAGCGCUGUUAAUAAAACCCCCAACAGAUUGGAUGCCGCAGCGUGA